GGAUUAUGAUUUGCACAAAAAUUAAUCAACCAAUUGACGACGACCUGUCGUUUUACCCUCACCAGCUUCUUUAGUAGUCUCCCCUCCGCUCCAGUGAGUGGUGCUAGGGUGUUGUCUCCUCCUUCAAUGGAGGAGAAGAUUUGCAGCGAGUUGAAACUCACUAAGUUAAGGCAACAAAGCUUCAACCGAAGUCUCAAUGAAAUUCACGAGCAAGCCUCUUCCAUUCUCUCACUCACUCUUCAAUGGAAAAAUAUCGAAACUCACUUCGAGUCCACUUUCAAUUCCAUCGAAGACUCUGCCAAAGCGCUUCGCACAAAGGAACGGCAACUGGAGGAGAGAGAGAAGGAAUUUGAAUCGAAGGAGAAGGAGUUUGAGGAACGGUGCGAAGAGUUUAUUAAGUUGAGAGAUGCGGAGGUUGAGGAGCAUUAUAAAGAGAUUGAGUUGAAGGAGAAGGAUUUUGAGGAACGGCGUAGAGAGGUAGACUCGGAGAGGAAGCGGUUGGAGGUGAGGCCGAAGGAAGUCGAAGAGAGGGAGGAGUUGGUGAGAGAGAAGUUUGUUGAAGAGAUUGAGUUGAAGGAGAAGGAAAUCGAGGAAAGGCGAAAGGAAAUUGAAGUGGAGAGGAAGAAGCUUGUCGAAGAGUUUGAGUUGAAGGAGAAGCAACUGAAUGAAGGGCGCAGGGAAGUUGCAUGGGUGAAGUCGAAGGUUGGGGAACAACUUAAGGAGUGUGAAUUGAAGGAGAGACGGCUUGAGGAUAGGGCUUUGGAGAUUGAAUUGGUGAGGAAGAGAAAUGUGGAGUUUCUUGAAGAGCUUAAAUUGAAGCAAAAGGAAGUUGAAUCGGAGGAGAUGAAAAGCAAGAAGUUUAUAGAGGAGUUUGAAUUGAAAGAGAAACAAUUUGAUGAAAGGUGCAAGGAAGUUGAAUCGGAGAGAAAGAAGUUAGUUGAAAAGCUUGAAUUGAAGGAGAAGCAACUUCUGGAGCAGCAGAAAGAAGUUGAAUUGGAAAACAAGAAAAUUAAUAAGUUUUUUGAAGAGCUUGAAUUGAAGGAGAAGCAACUUCUGGAGCAGCAGAAAGAAGUUCAAUUGGAAAACAAGAAAAUUAAGAAGCUUUUUGAAGAGCUUGAGUCGAAGGAGAAGCUAGUUGAAGAUAGGCGCCUGGUAGCUGAAUUGGGGAAUAAAAAGUUUGUUGAAGAGGUUGAAUUGAAGGAAAAGCAACUUGAAGAGCGGUGUACGGUAGUUGAGUCGGAAAAGAAGAAACUUGAGGAACAUUCCAAGGAGAUUGAACUGAAGGAGAAACAUCUUGAAGAGCAGUUGAAAGAAGUUGAAUUGGCAAACAAGAGGUUUUUCGAACAAGCUAAAGAGCUUGAGUUGAAGGAGAAGCACCUCCUGGAGGGGUUUAAGGAACUUGAAAUGGAAAUUUUGGUUAAGUUGAAAGAAGAGAACUCUAAGGAGUGGAGAAGAGAGCUUGAGUUGAAAGAGAUAAAUUUUGGGCAGCAAGUUAGAGAAAGGUAUGAUGAAAUUGAGUUGAAGGAGAAGAAAGUGGAGGAAGAGUUUAGAGAAGUUGCAUUGAGAGAAGAGAGGGUGGAGAAGAGAUUUAGAGAAGUUGAAGAGAAGGAGAGGAGGGUUAGAGAGCUGUUUAAGGAAGUUAGGGUGAAAGAUGACGAGUUUAGGGAACGGAGAAAAGGGGUUGAGUUGAAAGGUAGGGAGGUUGAGGAGAGGAUUAAAGAGAUUGGAUUCAAAGAUAGGAAGGUUGGGGAGAGGCUUAAAGAGGUUGGAUUGAAAGAUAGGAAGGUUGAGGAGAGGCUUAAAGAGGUUGCAUUGAUGGAGAAGAAUGUUGGCAAAAGGAGCGAGGAAGUUGAAUUGAAUAGGAGGAAAUUAGAGGAAGGAUUUAGAAAACUUGAGUUGAAAAGCAGGGAGGUUGAGGAGAUAAUUAAAGGGGUUGAGUUGAAGGAGAAGAUAUUGGAGGAACGGUAUAGGAGGUUUGAUUUGAAAGGGAAGCAAAUUGAAGAGGUUCAGUUGAAGGAGAAGGAACUAGAAGAGAGGUUACGGGAAGUUGAAAUGGAAAAUAAGAAGUGCUUGGAGCGAAUGAAGGAGUUUGAGUUGAAGGAGAAACAAGUUGCUGAUGCUUGUAAUGCCCGUGUGAAGUCGGAGACAGUAGAUUAUUCUAUGGAUGCUAACCUACAUUUUUCAGUGAAAAUGGAUGGAAAGGCAUUGCAAAUUUUAUUAAAUAAGCGUUGUAAACAUGAUGAGGAGAUGAAGAAUGAGGUAUCUAUUGCUUUGGGGCUCUCCUCGGAUCCUGCAAAGCUGGUUUUGGAUGCAAUGGAAGGGUUUUACCCACCCCAUUUGAGGGAGGGUGAUGUGGAGUUCAAAGAGGUGGUUGUCAAAAGAAGUUGCAAUCUUUUGCUUGAGCAAUUAACGAAAAUAUCCCCAACAAUCAAACCCGAUGUGAGAAAAGAAGCAACGAAACUUGCCUUUCUUUGGAUGACAAAGAUGACAGUGGAUGAUCAGCACAAUUUAGAUGUUGUGGGAUUUUUUUAUCUGUUGGCUGCUUAUGGACUGGCCUCUGCUUUUGAUUCAGAUGAGCUCAUAAGUCGUUUGGUGAUUAUUGCUCGAAAUAGGCAGAUUCCUGAAUUCUUGCGUGUCCUUGAACUAGGAGAUAAAAUUCCUGGUUUUAUUGAAAAUCUUAUCGUGAAGAAACAGCAAAUGGAAGCUAUCAGAUUCAUUUGUGCAUUUGAGAUGGUUAAUCGGUUCCCACCCGGACCUAUCUUGAGGGAUUACUUAAGUGGUUCCAAGAUUGCAGCCAAAAAAAUUAGGAGGAGCAAUUCAAUUGAAGGACUGGUUGAGUCUGUAAACAGAAGAGUAGCUGACCUAAUGGUUGUACUGAAAUGCGUUGAAGAUUACAAGCUUGAAACUGUAUUCUCACCAAAUACCCUCAAGCAACAAAUAAAAGAUGUCGAAAGACAACUUUCAAUUAGUGAAACAAAGUUACCAAACCUGGGCAGCAAUUCUGCUCAGCCUAAUCUGAGUGAGAAGAAACGUUUGUCCCCAAAAGCUGCUGCUUCUGCCUCUGUCCUUGCAUCCAAAUCUGUCUCUGCCACUAAACCUGCUCUCAAUUCCACGAUGGCUGCCUGUACUGCUACCUCAACUGCUCCCAUCACAGUCACCUCCUACAUUGCUUACCCAGUCACAGUCACCUCUCUUGCCCCAAUGGCUGCCUUUAUUUCUAAUCCAGUCGUCCCUAUCAUUGUUACUUCUCCCUCCACAACAGCUGCAGCCGCUGUUACCCCAAUAGCAGUUGCCUCUCCCGCCUCUACUGCAUCCAUUACUGCCUCCAUUACCCGAAGUACAGUUGUCUCCCCCUCCUCAAGCAGUGCAUCACCUUCUGGCUCAAUCCCCAAGACGGAACCAAAAUACCAGGGCUGUCUAGCACAGUACCAGGGCAGAAAUAAACGCUGCCAAGCACAGUACCAGGGCCGUGAUAAGUACCCGCACCCACAAGAACAACACCAGAGUGGAAAUAAGCGCCCUCGGAUUGCUGAAUCAUCAGAGGUUCCUCUAAGAGCACCAUUACUUAAAAACACUAGCAUUGCACACCUGGUGCCUGUCCCUCAUCUGCGAGCAGAAGGUCCUUUUAUAAAUCAAAGUGCACCAUAGUUGAACCCAUCUGGCGGACACUACAAUUGUGCUGGUUAUCGCCCACCAAACCCACAGAUGAGCUCCCAUUAUAAUUAUGGAUAUCCAUAUUAUCAUUAGAACACAUUUGGAAAACCUGGCUUUGACAGUGCUGUCCCCUUUCAGCGGCCAUAGUAUGUUUACGGGAAACUCUUGAUGACAUGGGGCUGGUUAAAGUGGGUGGAGAAUUUCUUAAAAUCAUCACGGUAGUCAACAAACAGCUGAGUAAAGCUUGAAGCAAAUUAGCAAUUUAGUGACAGUUCCUUUUGGUAUUCUAGUAGCUUAUAGCUAGUUAACCUUAUAUUCUAGGACUUUGAUGCCUUUGCUCAAAGAUUCCAACGUGCCAAGAAGAUUAAACUUUUUGCAGGUGUGGUUCCACGUAAUGUUAAUUGUUAUUUUUUGCCUUGUAUUGUAGUCUUAUCUGCUGCACAGCUUGGUGUAUAUAAUCGACUUAAUGGUCUGGUUACCUUGGAGAUCUGGGAUAACAAAUGCAAGAGCCUGUCUUUUCUUGCUA